GCCGCAUUUUCAGAGUUUAGCCCAUGAUGCCGAAGAAUGUAAAUCGGCACAGUGUCUCUCUCUCUCUCUCUCUCUUAACUAAUCGUUUUAUUUGGCGACGCAAAAUAGAGACGACCUCCAUCUAAAACAAUACGUCGGAUGAAUUGGUGAGCAGCACGUGACGAUAUGACUGACAGGUGUAGCAGGCUCGUGCCGUUUUCAGAAACGGGAAAUAUUUCGCUGCUUAAGGAGUUGCAAGCAUAUCGUGCUCACAAAUGACUGACCCCCCCAGCAAAGACAUGCUGUAAUUGGGAUAUCACGACGCUGGAGACGGUGUCACCAUGAAGAGCUCCAGCUCCAGAUGGGCCUUCUCCCUGGGCUUCCUGGUGGGGGCCUGCUGCAUUUAUUUCUUCCUGCGACAGGUGUGGUUUGAGAGGAGCUACCCCGUGCUGUCAGAAGCUCAGGAAAAAGCCACAGCGGCGUGGGAGAGGCCAACAAGCUGGAAGAAGGAGGGAUCUGCUCUCAUCAACCUGCUCCACCCUCACCAUGCAGAUGAAGACAGCCGGGUGGCAGAUCUGUUGUAUCAGAAGGUUCGCAUUCUCUGUUGGGUAAUGACGGGGCCCUAUAACCUGCAGAGCAGAGCUCGCCAUGUCAAGGCUACCUGGAGUCGCCACUGCAACGUGGUGGUGUUCAUGAGCUCUGUGGAGGACCCAGACUUUCCCACUGUGGGCCUGGGCACUAAGGAAGGCCGUGACCAGCUCUACUGGAAGACAAUCCGAGCCUUCCAUUAUGUUUACGAGCACCAUGCAAACGAAGCAGAUUGGUUCUUAAAAGCAGACGAUGACACUUUUGUGGUGGUGGACAACCUGCGCUGGAUUCUGUCCAACCAUACCCCAGAAGAGCCCAUCUACUUUGGCAAACGCUUCAAGCCUUACACCAAGCAGGGCUACAUGAGCGGAGGGGCAGGUUAUGUCCUUAGCAAAGAGGCUCUAAAAAGAUUUGUGGAAGGUUUUCGAACCAAAGUUUGCACACAUACCACCCCUGUAGAGGACUUAGCACUAGGGCAGUGUUUGGAGAAGAUGGGUGUUCUGGCAGGAGACUCCAGAGAUACUUUGCAUCGAGAAACUUUCCAUCCGUUUGUGCCAGAGCACCAUCUAACUAGCAAGUUCUCCAAGAGCUUCUGGUACUGGAGCUAUUGUUACUACCCAAUUGUUGAGGGUCCACAGUGCUGCUCUGACCUGGCAGUAUCUUUCCAUUAUGUUGAAGCAGAGCUGAUGUACACACUGGAGUACUACACCUAUCACCUGAGAGCUUAUGGCUACAGGCCACGCUACCGACCUUCUAUACGCCCGGGUCUGACCCUUGGACAGACAGCUGUGACGGUGGGACUUAAAAGGGUUCAAGAGGUGACAGAUGGAAGUCACACAACAUCAGCCUUAUUUGUUAGGGGGAACCAAACUAAAGCAGUAACAGCGUCAGAGAAAGGGAGGGAAGUCAAUUUAAACUCUGGUAUUACUGAGAGCAAGACUGCAGUCACACAAGGCAGGCACCGCUGAUUCAGUGUCUCAGCUGGGGCUGAAUGUACAUGCUUAUGCCAGAGGGGCGAUAUACCCUGUGUAGUAUGUUGGCUAUCUAAUGUUUUCUUAUGACAGGGCUUCCUUAAACUGAUCACAGUAUAUUCCAGCCAGUAUGACACUGUAAAAGCUUGCAGUGAGUGGUUAAAAUUGAAUAUGAUUCAGUGCUGUAUGGAUGUUUUUAAACCAAGACAAACAUUUAGAUUAGCUUAAUUAUGUUGGACAUGAUCAGCAUUCAAAUUUAUGAAUUUAAAAUUUUACACAGUCACGUUUGUGUCCUUGGAGUGAUGCGGGAAGAAUAGGACAUAGAAUAUCAAUUUAAUAUAUUUUACAAGUACCUGACCUGAGGCAAUAAUAUAGUAUCAGAUGUAUGAAAAGAUUUUAAUUUUUAAUUAAUUUUACAUUUAUUUUUUUUUCUUUUCAUUUUUUUUAAAUGCAGAGCAGCAACAAAUCACAGUCUGUCACAACUUAUAGCCUCUUUCCUCUUGGCCUCUGCUUUUCUGAUGUUAGAUCUGAUGUUUUUAUUUACGGUUACUUUUCUGAAAAAUAUUUUUUUGACUGGCUGAAACUGCAUGCAAAUUGACUUAAGUUUUGUGUCUUUUUUUACAUUUUCCCUUUUUAAAUUUCUCUUUGAAUCUCCUGCAAUUAAUGCAGACUCUAAAUCCAACAGCCAGCAGUGAUACAAUGUUUGUUUCAAUAUGAAAAGCAACAACUGUGCUGUGAAUGUGUUUUUUUUUUUUUAACCCUU